CGAGCGCAGGGCUCCGGCCGGAGCUGGAUGUGCAGCUGCUUGGCACCGUCCGCGCCCUGCAGGACAACAUGCGGAGCGUCUUGAAGAGGCUGAGCCACCUGGAAACGCUGAGCACCGCACAGGGGCACGAGUCUGGGUCUGGCCCUCCGCACCCGCUGGGUCCGCAGAAGCCGUCCCGCUGGCCGCUGGAGGUCUCUGCUCGCACCCUGCUGUUCCUCCUCGCCUGGCCCUUCCUCGUCCAGUGGCUGCUGCGGCGUUUCCAGCGCAGGAAAAGGGGAUUGUUCUCUGUCUGAACAGGCAGCACUGAGUGGAAACCCCAGGAACGCGCUGCCUGGCUUGCAGCUCAGCCAUCGGGACUCAGCACCCAGCAGACCCGCAAUGGGUAACGAAAGUGGUUCUCCUCCCAGGAGCUGGGAAGGAGAACAAUCCAGGCAGCGCUCGCUGUGGGAGCGACGGGCUGUCCCCCAGGUGCCAGGGACAGCUCCUCUGAAGGACAAACCAGUCCAGAAGUGUGGCAAGGAGAGAUCGGAUUCAGCCCUUACUCAGCAAGCUCGGAGCCGUCAGCUCAGUCGAGGGGACCCCAGCCUGGGUCUGGCCCAAGCAUGUUCUCCUCUGAGACGCCAUUUCACUUGCGGGAGGACAGGGGGACUCUCAUGUGAGACCUGCCAGCAGGCUCCUCUGUCUCUCCCCACUCGCACGCUCAGGUGACCUGCACCACGACAGUGGCAGCAGAUGAAACGCCCCAUUAAAGAAAAACAGCUUUUCCGCUG